AUGCGGAGGAUCUGGAAUUAUUCAGCAGGUUUAAACAGGAAUUUUCACGUAGUAUUUGGUUUGCCCAAGUGUUUGUUGUCGACUGCUCCGUGGAGGGGCAUCUUCAAAAGUGAAAGCUUUUCUGAAAUGUUGAUUGGAGUGGCAAUUGACGAGGCUCAUUGUAUAACACAGUGGUAGGUAAAUUUCUCUUUCUAACGCAGAACAACGAGAAUAAAUCUAGGACCUUGUCACUGAAUUAUUCACACCUUUUAUCUCCUUGGAGUUGAGUUGCUAGUACUAUGAAAUUUACACGUAGUCUGCUUUACACAUAAAGCUUACUGUUAGAUUAAUACAGUUACGUCAGCGAAAAUAUAAACUGCGCUUGCAUUCUGUCUGCACAUUUGGCGGCAAAGUCUGCGAUUGUUUAAUAAAACACCAUGGAGGUGACAAAAUUCUGUAGCUUUUUUUUUUCAUUAGUUGGUACGAAUAAAUGAAAAUUUCUGGCAUUUGAUUGUUAGUAAAGUUAAUAUCCCUUAAAAGAGUACUGAUCACUGCAGGUAUUAUACAACUUAACCGAGAUGCGUGAAUUGCAUUAUUACACUGUAAAUGAGAACUUUGAAAUAUGUGAAAAUAAUUAUUAUCCUCUUAAGACUAAUUCUCUUUGUUUUACGGGGGACUACCUGGGGCCAAGAACAAACUUCCUUUCAGAAAGUGGUAUGGAUGCCUGGGAGAAUUAAGGUCCCUAAUUCCUCAAGAGUGUCAAAUCAUGGUCCUUACAGCAACUGCAACAAAGGCUACCAAGCAGCAAAUACUGCAUACGCUCAGUAUGUGUGAAAAAGAUCUCCAGCUGAUUGAGCAGAGCCCAGAUGGGCCGAACUUAUUUUGUGGAAUGUCAUACCUCGACAAGAAUGAUGAGAUCGAGUUAGCUUUUUCAUCUUUGAUUAGUGAAGUCAAGGAACUGAACACUGAGACAGCCAGAACAUUAAUUUACUGUCAGACACGAAAACAAUGUUCUGUGAUCUUCCGUGUGUUUGAGGUAUACCUGGGAAUGCACCUGUACCACACAAGUACUUUGCCCAAAAAUCGAAUCGUUGAAAUGUAUCAUGCCGGUACCCCUGCGUCUGUAAAAGAUCACAUUUCAAAAUCUGUGGCUGUGGAUGAGGGGAAUGUGCAUGUUUUGAUAUGCUCUGUUGCUUUUGGCAUGGGGGUCAAUUGUAAAAAAGUAAGACGGGUGAUCCAUUUUGGCCCAUCAAAAUCAGUUGAAUUGUAUGUACAAGAGUGUGGAAGAGCUGGCAGAGAUGGCCUCCCUAGUUCAUGUGUAUUACUGCACAACGGUCUGCUGAGUAGUCACUGCGAUGCUGACNUGCUCUGUUGCUUUUGGCAUGGGGGUCAAUUGUAAAAAAGUAAGACGGGUGAUCCAUUUUGGCCCAUCAAAAUCAGUUGAAUUGUAUGUACAAGAGUGUGGAAGAGCUGGCAGAGAUGGCCUCCCUAGUUCAUGUGUAUUACUGCACAACGGUCUGCUGAGUAGUCACUGCGAUGCUGACAUGAAGCAGUAUCUACAAAUUGAAUAGUGCUGCAGAAGGUGGCUAAUGGAAGAGUUUGGUUCCAAAGAAAGUUCCAGGAGUUCAGACCCGAAUGUAACGUCUCAUGACUGUUGUGGUAUUUGUGCUGGUGGAUGCAAAUGUAGUAGUGAGAACUGUGGUGAGUUUUGGAGCUCCUGUAAAGACAGACCCAGUCUGCCUAAGCUCUCGACAGGUCCUACUAGUGACUGUGACAGCCUUGAAAUUGUGUGGAUUGUAAGACGACAAGACAGAGACACUUUAAGGAAGAAGCUUCUCGAAUUCCAACGUGAAAUGGCAAAGCAGGGUCAAGCAGUCAAAAUGGUUACAUGUCCAACCUAUCUUCUGGAAUUCAAUGCUUUUCAUGUCAACCAGGUCAUAGAAUGUUGUGAGAAGUUAUUCUCUGUGGAUGAUGUUACAAUUUAUGCUGAAGGGAGGUAUUUUGGUGAACAACAUCUAUAG